AUGGUAAAGCGCUAUUUCGAGCUGUUGGAAUUCUUGGAUGUAGAUGACGACGACAUUAUGAAGCUGUUGCCGUCGCCCGCAUCAAACAAGAGGCUCCGAGCCUUAUUUAAAGAGCUCAAGGACGUAGAAUCCGUCGCCAAGGCUCUUCAAGGUCGCGACACGGAUCUCCUGGAUGUUCGUCAGUGGUUCGACGAGCUGAUUGCUCUCAAACCACAGUUCGCGACAUAUCUCGGACCUCAAGCUGAAAUUGUUCACAGCCCUGACUUUGAGUCAGGGACCGCCUAA